CGGAAUAAUAAAAUUUCUAGAAGGAUGUAAAAUUCUUUUAAAUGUUAGACUUGAAACUCAACCCAGAAUGCCAGUUGACAUAAAUCGAUUAACGGAAGGUUGGCUAGAAUUGGAAAGUGACCCAGGUUUAUUUACAUUGUUACUGGAAGAUUUUGGAGUAAAGGGUGUACAAGUAGAAGAAAUAUAUGAUUUGCAAAAAUCAUUGGAGGGUCCAGUGUAUGGUUUUAUAUUUUUAUUUCGUUGGAUAGAAGAAAGAAGGUCUAGACGUAAAGUUGUAGAACAAGAUGAAAGUUUUGUGAAAGAUGAAGAGAUUGUUAACAAUAUAUUUUUUGCACAACAGGUUGUGCCCAAUAGUUGUGCAACCCAUGCACUGCUUUCUGUAUUACUUAAUUGCCCAAAUAUUCAUUUGGGUACAACUUUAUCCAGAUUGAAAAUGCAUACAUCUGGUAUGUGCCCAGAGAAUAAAGGUUGGGCAAUUGGUAACACACCUGAAUUGGCUUGUGCUCACAAUUCGCAUGCAAUGCCUCAAGCCAAGAGACGUCAAGAUAAAAAUACUGGAGUUUCAACUGGUAGAUUUACUGGGGAAGCUUUUCAUUUUGUUAGUUAUGUACCAAUUAAUGGUAGAUUAUUUGAAUUGGAUGGUCUAAAGCCAUAUCCUAUGGAUCAUGGUCCGUGGAAAGAACACGAAGAGUGGACUGAACAAUUUAGAAGGGUAAUUACAGACCGUUUAGGAAUGGCAACAGGGGAACAAUUGCAAGAUAUAAGAUUUAAUCUAAUGGCUGUUGUUCCUGAUCGGCGACUCGCUAUUUCACAUAAAUUAACUAUGUUGAAAACUAAUAGGCAGAUAGUAUUAGAAGCAUUACAACAGCUUGUUAAAUUAAGUCUUCAAGAUGGGACAGAAAAAAAUUCAAAUGAUUCAGAGAAAUCAGAUAAAUCAUAUGAAAAAAAGAAUAAAAUUGACGAGGAAAAUGCUCUACCCAAUAAAUCAGAAAUUGAUGAAUCUUCAUCAGUACCAGCUAUUACAGUUGAAAGAAGCAGUGAUUCUACUACAGAUACUGAAGAACCAGCUUCAAGUAUUACUUCUGGGAAGACUGAAUCUAAUGGUAUGGAAAAGGUAGUAAUGUGUGCCCUGGAUUAUGCUACUCCUCUCAGAAUUCAAACUUCACCAGCACACAGUUCGUCCAGUACCGAUACAUCGUCCGAAAUUGGAUCUGCUUUUAACUCUCCAACACAAGCAUGGGGAUGGAAUUCUGGACAGAGCAGUCCAACGUCGACAAAAGAUUUCAAAAAAUUUGUCGUGAUUAGAGUGUCUGGGGAUGAGAAAAAUGAAGCGGGUUUAAGUCGUUCUCUUGGAAACAUUAAUAUAAAUGGUAAAAGAUUAGUAUCCGACAGUGGUCACUUACAUAAGAAAGUCUGUCUGUCGGGAGAAGUUAGAAUACCUCACGCCAGAGUAAAGACUAGUAACGGGGACACUGUUAUUGAAGAGAAGAAGGUCGAAAAGAUUGAUCCGAAAUUAUGUUCAAAAUAUCCGGAAUUGUUCGAACCGCAUACGUUCGCACCCAAGGACCUCCUAGCGUUAUUGAAAAAUUUAGAACACGAAAUUAGUAUUUGUGAGACCAGCUUGAAAGAUGAAAAUGACAAAAGGAACAAGUACAAGAUCGAUGAUUGUCGUAGAACGCACAAUUACGACGAGUUUAUCUGUACCUUCCUUUCGAUGCUUGCUCAACAAGGUAAAUUAGCGGAAUUGGUUCAACAGCACUUGACCUUAAAGAAACACACUUCCGUGUCAGUGAACAGGGUUCACAGAUCUUCAAAGAAGGCAGAUACUCGUCCAAAUUCAUCGCGCAGACGUCGAGGUAGAACCAAAUGCAAAAAGCGAAAAUAAUCCUCGUAAUUAAAUUAAAAUGAAAAUAACAGAGCUGUUAUCCCGUCUAUUGAAUUGUCAAUGAAAAAGUCUUGGAAUCGUUACAAGGACACAAUUUCAAGAAGAUAACAAGCAUGUAAAAAGAUUAUACGAUUGUUGAAGCAAAAUGGAGCGUGGAUUGUAUCACUCUUCGCAACACUUACUCAGCAUCAAUGACGCCGAACUAUCAGUACUUCUUUUACUUUCUUACGCAAAUAUUUUUUAGACAAUUAGCAUAGAUUCAUCAGCAGCGCUGACUGUAAUCACAUUUCGUUCGAAAUCCAAUU